GGACUUUUGUUUUUGGGUUACCUUGUUUUAUGAGUAAUUGCGAGCGGAGGUUGAAUUGAUAUGAAGAGGCUCUGGUCGUCUCCAUUUUUCGUCGCAUAUUGUAUUCAAGAAUAUCCAUUAAUCGUGAGAUCAUCAUGGUUGAAUCCUCUCAAAAGCUUUCAAAAGUUACGUGCGCCAACUUUGAUCAAGAUGAAGGUGUUAAAGGAAUUCCAUGUACUAAAACCGCCUCGAAAGCUUGCAAUGGGUGCUUUUUGGUUCAAUAUUGCAGUAGAGACUGCCAAGUUGCACAUUGGCAAACCCAUAAGAAAGAUUGCAAAUCUCCAUUCAUGAAGAAAUCUUGGAGACCACAGUGGGAUGUGGAGAAACGACGUCCGACAUUUAUUCGAGACAACGAUGAUCCUGCUCUAGGUGAUCAGCCGGUGACUAUGUUGCAACACGGAAGGAAGAAGUAUUUAUGGGGUAAUGUUCCUGCCAUUGAUAUAAUUCAGAGUUGCCAGAAUGAAGGAAAAGAUUUGCCAGAGCAACUCAAGCUUUUAUUUGCGGCAUCUGGGGAUAUCAGAAAUGUUGUCAAAUCUCUCGUCGAACUUCCAAUUACGUACCGGGGUGAAUGUGAACUCAUAAUUAACGACAAGGAUUUUGACGUUGUCGCCCGGAAUGCAAUGUUGCUCCUCACAGCUCUGGUGUUUGACCCCAUUGAAGCGGCAGACAUCAUGAUUCAUAUCUGGUACUCUGCAUUCAUAACCGAGUCAAACUUGCAGAAACUUCAAGAUAAAAUCCUUCCGAUGAUUGAAGAUGUUUGUGAAAAGGUAGCUGGCCGCCCUGGAAAAUCUUUGCAAUCCAAAACUUGGACAUUCGGCACUCGUACCAUAAGUUUGGUGUUGCCGAAGGCUUCUUGGGAUCUCCUUCCUUCGUUUUUCAAAGUUCCAGAUGGACUAUCAGCUAGCAAGGCACAAAGAGUUAUGGUUGAAACCACAUUAUCGCCCUCGAGAAGAGACAAUCUCGAGCGAGAAUUGUAUACUCGACCACCUGCAUGGCGUGUCUGUGCUACGAAGUUCCGCAGUGACGGUGUACUUCUUCCCUUCGGACAGUCUCGCAAGGAUUUCAAGAUGCCAAAUCCAACGCUGUUCCAGAGCACUGACUUCUGGCCUAUGAUGGAUUCUGCCGACCCAUUGGAAGGAUGGCCUUUUGAAGAAUACCUUUCGAAACCGUCACCUGCUCGAAACGAUGUCUAUGGCAGCCUUUAUUUCUAUAUUCAAGACCAACUUCAGAGAUUUUGCAAGCGAAUCGAGAAUCUAACAAUCCGCUUUCAACUAUUUGAACUUGAUGCAUUGCAUCUACCAGGUAUUUUGAAGGAGCGUGGCAUUGGCAAAGACUAUUUCGACAGGAUUGAAGUUUCAAAUAUUGGAGACCGUGCCUACAUUGGACCCCUAAAACUUCUGACGACUUUUGCUCCUUGCCUGAAGCGUAAAUCACAGAAUCCGCAUGCCACACUUCUUGUCUUGUUCCUCAACGCUGUCCAAGAAAGCCGUACUGAUAAAGAUUACAUUGACAGCAUAACGACUGAUUCUGCAAAGUUGGAUCGGUACAUGCCAAUUCAGCUAGAUAUGCUUCAACCUUAUAACGCAGACUUUUUGAAACACAACGAUGCGCGAUCUCGGUUUCAAGACGUUGACGAGCUUUUCAAUAGGUUUGUGAAGGAGUGUUACUUGUAUGAAAUCAGUGAAAUGGAAGGGUUAAAGAUUAAAACCAAGAAUACGUUGGUUGAAAAAUGGCCCUUUAGGUUUCGAAAUGGGGCAAAGCAGGAGGAAUUUGAUAUGUUGAUGGCAUCGGGACAUUUGGGUUCGGAAAGGUAUGUAGAAUGGGAGAGUUUGAUGUAGGAUUGACAUGAGAAGUCUGGAAGGUUUGAGAGAGGAAAAGAGAGGAAAAAAUUACCAAAUGAAUAAAAAAACAAUUCUAAUAAGUUUGGACGGCUCUACUCCAUCAGAUGUUCUUGCUUCGAAGGUCGAGUUCCCUAGCGCAAUAGGACUGUUGAGCGUAAUCUUAUACAACAAACAAACGACUUCACCAAAACAAUUCAUCCCGUCUCAUCAAUCACUACCCAACCAAUCAUACCCAUAUUUGCGAUAUAACUUCAAAUCAUACUCUUGUCCCAAGUUUAUCCCUCGUUGGCAGACGCCAUCAAUUGAGCCAUGCUUUACACUUAGAUCGGCACUUUGGCAGACGUUCUUUAAUCUUCACUCUUUGCCGCGACGGUGAGACAUGGAAACGCGUAGUCUUCACUAUUUUCAGCA